ACUGACCGCUUGUAGCAAGCGCUGGUGCAAUUAGAAGAGCGAGUCUGCGGCAGCUGGAAAAGGGAAUUGCGAGAGCUGUAACUUCAGAUUAAAAGGGAAGACCGUUGAAUCGGAUCCGAUUUUUACCGAGAUUACAACACGAAGGACGGGAUGCUUUAAAAGCUGUUUUGAGACCCAGUGGUGAUAUGCCGUCGGACACUCACAGAAUGAUGAGAAAAUAACCAGAGGAGCCACUCUACAAAGUAAUUAUCUGGCUAGUUGUGUGAGUUCAGUUCGAGUGGUCGAGUACUAGCGAGUCACGAGCCUAUUCGUGAAACCGCUCUUGUCCUGAAUUAUGGCGCAAAGGGCGAGGGCUUUGUAUGACUUUAGUUCAGAAAAUCCUGGGGAAAUAUCAGUGAAGGAAAACGAAAUUGUUACCCUGUACUGCGAACAAGACAUAGACGGGUGGUUGGAGGGGGUGAACAGUAGAGGGGAACGGGGGCUCUUUCCAGCCUCCUACGUGGAAAUUCUCAAGAACGACACCGUCUCUUCUUAUAAUAACAACAGCACAUCUGGGGAUGGGUUCCACAAUCCCAGGUAUGCCAACGUCCCAUCAGGUGGCAAUGACGCCUCAUACCCGACUCAGGAUAACGUAACACAAGAUCCCACUUACAAUUUGACGACUUUCCCCAUUGCUGCUCAACAGCAGCUCAGUUAUCAAACCAGCCAAGGGAGUGACGACGAUUGGGAUGACGACUGGGAUGACAGUUCGACUGUUGCGGACGAGCCUGGUGUUGUUGGAGGGAGUUAUCAGGAUUAUCGCAAUGGACCUUCUGCCUACAGAGUAUCCGCUUCAAUGCCUCGAGGCGGGGGCGCGCAGCAAGCUAAGAGUUCGGCUACUGUCAGUAGAAACCUUAAUAGGUUUUCAACCUUUGUCAAAUCCGGUGGUGAGGCUUUUGUGUUGGGGGAAGCAUCCGGCUUUGUGAAAGAUGGAGACAAAAUCUGCGUUGUGAUGGGUCAAUAUGGUCCAGAGUGGCAGGAGAACCCUUAUCCCUUUUCCUGCUACAUCGAUGACCCCACCAAACAAACUAAAUUCAAAGGCAUGAAAAGUUACAUGUCUUACAGAUUGACGCCUAGUCACACGCAGAACCAGGUCAAUCGAAGGUACAAGCAUUUUGAUUGGCUUUAUGCCAGGUUAGUGGAGAAGUUUCCCGUUAUUUCGGUUCCCCACUUACCUGAAAAGCAAGCCACGGGCAGGUUUGAGGAAGAUUUCAUUUCCAAACGAAGGAAAGGCCUGAUAUGGUGGAUGAAUCAUAUGACUAGUCAUCCAGUCUUGGCUCGAUGUGAUGUUUUUCAGCACUUCCUCACUUGUAGUAGUAAUGACGAAAAGGCCUGGAAACUGGGCAAAAGAAAGGCGGAGAAGGAUGACAUGGUGGGUGCUAAUUUUUUCCUUACUAUAAGCACUCCUGCAGCCCCACUUGACCUACAGGACGUUGAGAGCAAAAUUGAUGCCUUCAAAGCUUUCACAAAAAAGAUGGACGACAGCGUGCUGCAAGUCAACGCAACGGUAAACGAAUUUGCCAGAAAGCAGAUAACGGGAUUUAAGAAGGAGUACCAGAAAGUUGGACUAUCUUUUAGAGUCCUCAGCCAAGCUUUUGAGCUUGACCAACAAGCUUACUCGGCCGGUUUAAACUAUGCGAUCGCAUACACAGGGGAAGCUUAUGAUGCAAUUGGAGACUAUUUCGCUGACCAGCCCAGGCAGGAUCUUGAUCCUAUAAUGGACCUUUUGGCUCUUUACCAGGGGCACCUGGGUAACUAUCCCGAUAUCAUCCAUGUUCAGAAAGGGGCGCUGACCAAAGUGAAGGAGAGCCAGAAGCACGUGGAGGAGGGCAAGAUGGACGCCCCCCAGGCGGAGGGCAUCGGCGAGCGCUGCAACAUCAUCUCCUGCGCCACGCUGGCCGAGAUCCAGCACUUCCACCAGACCCGCGUGCGCGACUUCAAGGCCCAGAUGCAGCACUACCUGCAGGAGCAGAUCGGGUUCUUCCAGAAGAUCACCGGCAAGCUGGAGGAGGCCCUGCAGAAGUACGACAAUGCCUAAGGGCGAGGCCUGGGGCCUCAACCUCAUCCCCAACGCCAUGCCUUUCAGUCUUCACAUGGACAAGAGGGGAUUAGCAAGCAAGCACUCGUUUAGCAAUACAGGGGAGACAGAGUGAAAACUCUCAUCCACGUACCUGUUGCAUGAAUGCUUUCCGGUUGCUUCCUGGAUGCCUAUCUGAUGGCCAUUCUCUGAAGGAUUCUACCGUUGAUAAGAAGAUAGUGGAUUAUGUUAUGACCCCUCAUCAGACUGAGAUUGUUAAGAUAAUGGAGUUUAUGUUUUUAAGGUAACUGCAACAGCACAGCCAGUAAAGGCUCUCAACCCAGCAGUGGUUAUAGCUGAAUCGGUGGUUGCCAGUUGUGCUCAACAUAUUCAUGUAUUAGUAAAUAGCAUGCACAAUGAAAGUUAUAAAAGUUAUAGCUUUGCUUACUCUACCAAUGUAGCUUUUGUUAUUAGCCUUAUCGCAGUAAUUUUAAAGAAAAUGUUUAUGAGAUAUGCGUUUUUCUAGCCUCCAAGGAUGCUCAGAUUUAUUCUUCAUCACCGUUGAUUGGCCUUCCACCUCUGCCUUGGGUAAUCCCUCCAAAUGCAUUGGGCCCUCCAAAUUUUUAAAUCAACUGUUUACAAGUUCCUAGCAGACCAGCUAUUAUCACUCUGUGCCUUGUAACGAUGUCUUUAAAUUAUCUUUUAUAAAUUUUAAAAGAUAUAUUUUCAGUUUUGUGUUAUUAAGUCCGUCGUACAUUUCCAUCUUGUGAUAUUGUGUUAUAGUUGAAUGAGGGUAAUUCCCUGGCUGUACAGACCACUCAGGAAGGAAGUGGCUGUUGAUUUACACUGUCCGUAGUGUACCCGUGGAGAGAGCAUACCCGCCUCUCUCCAUUGAGGCAUAUCUAGUGAGAAGGGGGAAAUUUCCAGGAAAAACAUAAUUGCUCCACAGGAUUAUGUAUUUGUCCCUUGGAAUUCCAAAAAAUUCACCUGAGAGAUCUGUCUGGCUAAAGAAAAAACAGAGGAGUGGAAUACCAAGAUUGAGGUGGGCUUUUUUUCCCCUUCCCAUCAGCAGCAGGACCCUCGUGAACAAACUCUUGAUGCCCUCGUUGCAGGAGCUCAGACAGCCCUAGCGUGUUUAGUUUGAGGAAACGUUCCCUGGUCUCACUUCCUCAGACUAUAAAAGGGUGAACUCGGCCCGUCUGACGAGAGCUGUUUGUCCAUAAUCAGGGAUUACUUGUAUUAUUUUUUUUUUUUUUUCAAACAAUUAGUACAAUAUCUGACUUUGCAGCUCCCCACUGUAGUUUUAUUGUAAUUCAUAGUGCUGGAGAUGUGAAACUUGUUUUAGCGUAGAAUCUGGAAAAACAAAUCUAAGCAAAAUAAACUCAUCUUGUACAAAG